AUGUAUGUAUCAUUAGGAGGAGAUAGGGUGAAUCUUGACAUAUAUUAUAGGGUUCCUGGGUAUAGUUUGGACAUGGGAGUAAAGCAAAUGAGAUCACACUGUGAUAUUAUUGAGUUACUAAAAUGUUAUGAAAACCUGCCAGUAGUUGUAAUAGACAUUGACAAGGGUGAUGAUCUACUAUCUGUGUUAUCACCUGAUUGUGCAAGGCAUACUAUGAAUACUAUGGAUGAUGAAGUUGAUAUUAAUGUGAACGAACAGAUUCAAAACAGUGAUACACUUGAGACUGAUUCUAAUGACAAUGAUUACAUAGUGAAUAUCUCUGAAUGUUAUGACAGUGAUGAGUAUAGUGAGAACCCUAGUUGGAUUUAUGAAGACCUAGAAGGUUUAGAUGAUGAUGGCAUUUUCAAAAGUGACUUUCUAUCUAAUAGGGCUGAAACGUCUGUGAAUCAUGAUGUUGGACCAUCUCAGUCAAAUAGAUCGACUAAUGGUGCAGCCUACACUGAUGGUGCAACCUCCAAUACUGCUGAAGCCUCCACUGAUGGUCUAGCCUCCAUUACUGGUGCAACCUACAACGCUGCUACACCUUCCACUGCUGUAGCCUCCAAUGUUGUUGCUGCCUCCACUACUGGAAGAGGUUCUAGGACUGGUGCAAUUGGGAGAUGUUAUAGGAGUGGUGCAGUUGGGAGAGGUUUUGGGAGUGGUGUCGUUGGCACUUGGUAG